UAAACUCUUUUGCCUCCAUAGCAUUCAUAAACCCUAAUACCUUCACUCUCUUUUUUCCCCCCCAUUUCUUUGUGCAGGUAGCAGCAGCAGCAACAACAGCCGUCUCCAUGGGUAUCGAUCUUGUUGCAGGUGGAAAGAGCAAGCGCACCAAAAGAAACGCUCCUCGAUCCGAUGAUAUCUAUCUUAAGCUCCUCGUCAAGCUUUAUAGGUUUUUGGUUAGGAGGACUGGAAGCAACUUCAAUGCUGUGAUUUUGAAAAGGCUUUUCAUGAGCAAAAUCAACCAGCCCCCGAUUUCUUUGUCUCGCCUGGCUCGUUACAUGGCCGGCAAGGAGGAUAAGAUUGCUGUGAUUGUUGGUACGGUUACGGACGAUGUCCGUGUGCCCGAGGUUCCGUGUAUGAAGGUUACUGCUUUGAGGUUUACUGAGACUGCUAGGGCUAGGAUUGAGAAGGCUGGUGGAGAAUGCUUGACUUUUGACCAGUUGGCUCUUCGGGCUCCUCUUGGACAGAACACGGUAUUGCUCAGAGGUCCAAAGAACUCUCGUGAAGCUGUUAGGCACUUUGGAAAAGCUCCUGGUGUUCCACACAGUCACACCAAGCCGUAUGUGCGAUCUACUGGAAGGAAGUUUGAGAAGGCUCGAGGAAGAAGAAACAGCAGAGGCUUUAGAAACUAAGUUAUUCUCAAUGUCACUGAGACAGGACUCCAUGAAUCCAUGUCAAGUUCUAUACUUCUAUCUUAAAAGUUUGUCAUCUAUCAACCUGUUAGACGUAUUUGUUAUCAUGACUAUUUUUGUUAGGUAUCUUUGUUUCGUGUCAUGGGGUGUUUUGAAUUCUAAAUAUUUUCAAUCAGAUUUUUCAUAUCGUGUUUGAAAUCA